AUGUCGUUCCGCCCCGGCUCCCGCAUCUUCAGCGCCUUCCGCACCAACUUCCGCCAGUACUACGCCCGCCGCAAUGCGUCAACAGCACCCGGCGCUGAGCCCGCUGGCUUCGCAAAGUUCUGGAACUCCCCCGUUGGCCCCAAGACAGUGCACUUUUGGGCACCAGUGAUGAAAUGGGCCAUGGUCGCCGCCGGCGCCUCCGACUUCUCCCGCCCCGCCGAGUCUCUCUCCCUGACGCAGAACUUGGCUCUGAUGUCCACAGGCGCCAUCUGGACGCGCUGGUGCUUCGUGAUCCGGCCCAAGAACGUCGCUCUGGCGGCUGUCAACGCGCUCUUGUUCUGCGUCGGUGCGACCCAGGUCGGCAGGAUUUACAGCUACAACCAGAGCUUGAAGGCCGGCGACUUGGUCAAGGCCGAGGGCAAGGAGCUGGAGGCGGAUUUGAAGGCGACGGCGGCUAAGGCGGAG